AUGAAGAAGAAAAAGGAUCAAGAGUUGGCUAAACCGAUACCGCAUCUGUAUCAAUCCUUUCCAAUCCAGGAGUGCGCCGAGCCUGAAGACUGUGGGGAAGGAAUCUGUGACCUCUUCAAGGAGAUCAACGCUAUUAUCGAGGAGGAGGUCGAGCCAGCUGUUAUUCGUGAUGCUGAACCAGGGGAGAUGCUGCAGAAUUGGACUUCCACGCCAAUCCUGAUGUCUCGAACUCUUCGUAACAUAAGUUACAGACCCGCCAAUGUAAUGUCAUGUCAUGAGCUAAAUGAACAAAAUGAGACAGAUGACGACAAGGUUGACGACUAUGAAGAAGAAAAUGGGGAACCAGAUUAUGUUGCAGAGGAAUUUCGACAGUUCGAGAAUCAGCAUAAACCGAAUCUGGAGGAGACGGAAACAUCAUUUGUGGACUGUUACGCAGGUUAUCACCAAAUUCUGAUGGAUGAAGAAGACGCGGAAAAAACGGCUUUCAUUACACCUUGGGGUGUAUAUCACUACAAGGUGAUGCCGUUCGGCCUCAAGAACGCCGGUGCCACUUACAUGAGAACCAUGACGACUAUUUUCCAUGACAUGAUUCAUAAGGAAAUUGAAGUGUACGUGGACGACGUCAUAAUCAAAUCCCGCGAGAGUUCAGAUCAUUUGACACACCUGAGAAAAUUCUUUGAACGUCUGCGUCGGUACAACUUGAAGUUAAAUCCCGCCAAAUGCGCUUUUGGAGUCCCAUCUGGGAAGUUGUUGGGAUUUAUAGUUAGCAGAAGGGCACAAUCAACAGUGGUGUGCGAGCCUAUUUUCAAGUUGCUGAAGAAAGACGCCCCGACUAAGUGGACUGAGGAGUGCCAAACUGCUUUCGAUGCUAUCAAGAGCUACUUGUCUAACCCACCGGUAUUGGUUCCUCCGCGUGAAGGUAGUCCUUUGUUGCUAUAUUUGUCUGUCUCAGAUAGUGCCUUCGGAUGUGUACUUGGCCAACACGACGAGACAGGAAAGAAGGAAAGGGCUAUUUACUAUAAAAGCAAGAAGUUUACUCCGUACGAGUCUCGUUACACGUUAUUGGAGAGAACAUGUUUUGCUCUAACGUGGCUUGCCCAGAAAUUGAGACACUAUUUGUCUUCGUAUACUACAUAUCUCAUUUCCAGAAUGGAUCCGUUGAAGUACAUUUUCCAGAAAGCGAUGCCGAUCGGAAAGUUAGCUAAAUGGCAAAUGCUGUUGAGUGAGUUUGAUAUCGUGUAUGUGACUCAGAUGGCAAUAAAGGCACAGGCUUUGGCUGAUCAUCUUUCAGAAAAUCCCGUUCAAGGUGAAUGGGCUGUGAAGAACCCAAAAAUUAUACCUUACGUACAGUAUGUGCAAAAUCUGUCUGAUGCUCUUGCCACCAUCGCUUUGAUGAUCAAACAUCCGGAUACUGAUUACAUCGACCCGCUGGAUAUAGAGUUGAAGGAGCACCCCGUCCAUUGUUCACAUGUUGAAUCGGAACCAGACGGUUUGCCUUGGUAUUUUGAUAUAAAGAGGUACUUGGAGUCUGGGACAUAUCCAGAAGACACUACAUCUAAUCAGAAGAAGUCGAUACGUCGUAUGGCUCUCAAUUUCUUCCUAAAUGGAGAAGUCCUGUAUAGGAGGACUCCGGAUUUGGUUCUUUUAAGAUGUGUAGAUGCUGUUGAAGCUGUGAGGCUUAUUGAACAGAUACAUGCUGGAGUUUGCGGCUCUUACAAGUCGGUAACCAAUAAAGUGGUGGCCGAUUUUGUCCGCAACAAUCUGAUAUGCAGAUUUGGAGUUCCAAAAUCCAUCAUUACUGAUAACGGUGCAAACCUCAAUAGUCAUUUGAUGAAAGAGAUAUGUGAACAAUUUAAGAUUACUCAUCGAAAGUCAACCGCUUAUCGCCCCCAAAUGAAUGGAGCUGUAGAGGCCGCCAACAAGAAUAUCAAAAAGAUCUUGAGGAAAAUGAUUGACAAACAUCGAGGUUGGCAUGAAAUGUUUCCAUACGCUUUACUAGGUUAUCGAACGACGGUUAGAACAUCGACUGGUGCAACUCCAUACUUACUAGUAUAUGGAACAGAGGCGGUCAUACCUGUUGAAGUCGAGAUACCGUCGUUGAGGAUCAUCCAAGAAGCUGAAUUAAGUAACGAUGAAUGGGUUAGAAAACGGGUUGAUCAACUAACUUUGAUUGAUGAGAAGAAAAUGGUUGCUGUAUGCCAUGGCCAACUGUAUAGACAGAGAAUGACUCGCGCUUUUCACAAAAGAGUAAGAGCCAGAAAUUUUGAAGUCGGUCAAUUGGUUCUUAAGCGUAUUUUUCCUCAUCAAGACGAAUACAAAGGAAAGUUCGCGCCAAAUUGGCAGGGUCCUUACAUGGUUCGUAAAGUACUAUCUGGAGGUGCUUUGGUCCUGUCAGAGAUGGAUGGCAGUGUAUGGCCUAAAUCUAUCAACUCAGAUGCUGUUAAGAGAUACUAUGGGGACAGAAUUUAUGAGAAGGACUCAAAAAUUCUCCAGAAGAAGCCUUCUCCUCAGCAAGUCAAACUAAAGACAUUUCGAGAUCUGCAACUGGAACAGAAUUUUUUGAGAAGAUCUCAAAAAUUCCAUGAUUUGUUCAGUUACAGUGGAAAGAUGAGCAAGAUAGUUUAUAGCUUUGCUUUGAGAUCGGCCAAAUUCUCCCGACGAAUGAAUAUGGAGAGCUCCCAAAGAGGAGAAAACUAUCCCCAAAACCAGUAA